ACAUCUAUGGAGAACAAUACAAAGGUGAGAGAAUUCAUUCUUCUAGGACUAACCAAUGCCCCAGAACUGCAGGUCCCCCUCUUUAUAAUAUUCACCCUCAUCUACCUCAACACUGCGAUUGGCAACCUGGGGAUGAUCAUGUUGAUCCUGCUGGACUCUCGUCUCCACACUCCUAUGUACUUUUUCCUUAGUAAUCUGUCUCUGGUGGAUUUUUGUUACUCUUCAACCAUCACUCCAAAGAUGAUGGCUGGGUUUAUAACAGGAGACAUGGUCAUCUCCUACAAUGCUUGUGCUGCUCAGAUGUUCUUUUUUAUAGUCUUUGCCACCGUGGAAAGUUACCUCUUGGCCUCCAUGGCUUAUGACCGCUAUACAGCAGUGUGCAAACCCCUGCAUUACACCACCACCAUGACGACAGGGGUGUGUGCUUGUAUGGCCAUAGGCUGCUAUAUCCUUGGCUUUUUGAAUGCUUCUAUUAAUGUUGGAGACACAUUCAAUCUCCCUUUUUGUAUGUCCAAUGUAAUCCAUCACUUUUUCUGUGAUGUUCCAGCAGUCAUGACUCUGACUUGCUCUGGUAAACGUAUCAGUGAACUGAUUCUUGUUUUUAUUUCAAGUUUUAAUGUCUUUCUUGCACUUUUUGUUAUCUUUAUUUCCUACCUGUUCAUAUUUCUUACCAUUUCGAAGAUGCACUCAAGAAAGAGAUACAAGAAGGCUUUAUCUACCUGUGCUUCUCACUUUGUUACAGUUUUCAUAUUUUAUGGGACUGUCAUCACUAUGUACUUAAAACCAAGUUCCAGUCAUUCCAUGGACACAGACAGAAUUGCAUCUGUGUUCUAUACUAUGGUCAUCCCCAUGCUGAACCCUGCGGUCUACAGCCUGAGGAACAAAGAGGUCAAGAGUGCAUUUAAGAAAGUUGUUGAGAAAGCUAAAUUGUCUCUGUUUUGUCGUAAUGUAUAG